UGCCAAGUUUCCCUCUCUUCUUUCAAUUCUUUGAAUCCAUAUAUCUACUUUCACAGUUUCACCCUCCAUUAUCUUCUUCUCUCUUUGCCUUUUUUCCCCCUUUUGUAAAGAACAAAAAAUGGCAAAGCAAAGCCGAUCUAAGAAACCAGAGAAACUAGGCAAAGGGAAAGUCACUCCGGUGCAAGUCGCAUUCAUCGUCGACCGGUACCUUUCCGAUAACAAUUUCUCCGAAACCCGUUCCGUUUUCAGAUCUGAAGCUUCUUCUCUUAUCUCUAAAUCCCCCGUUCGAGAGGCGCCGAAGAGUUUGUUAAGCUUGGGGGCGAUGUUAAACGAGUACAUUAGUUUAAAAGAACAAAAGGUAAUAGCAGAGCAAGAGAAAGCUCGUUUGGAGCAAGAGAAAUGUAGGGUUCAAUCUCUUUUGCAAGGGAUGCAAUCUGUGAUGAACGCUUUUAAUGCAAGCUCUACUGUACCUGUUCCUACUAUGAUCUCUCAUGCUAAUGCGACUAAACCGACGGUGACGGUUCCUCAGUCAAUUCCGACUGCUGGUUCUCCUCCAGGCCUUCCUAUGUAUAGUACACCAACUAUUAUUCCAGUUUCCGGUCCUAGAAAUUCAAUAAUGGAGCGUGAUAAGUACUCCACACCACUUACAAGUGAGCUAUCAACAAAAAAUAAAAGGACUUUUGAGGUUGCCAAUGAAGCCCCAACAGCUGCAAAAAGAACUCGUAGCAAAUUAACUUCUAGGAGGUUAACAAGCCAAGGAAUGAAUAAGCUUGCAGAGUCUGAUAAUGGAAAGAAUAAUAGCCAAGUAGCUGGUCAGCCAACUUUAAAUCGAUCCUUGUCCCCCGAUUGCGGAGCCAAUGAAUCGACGACACACAUAUCCGGUGUUGCCAAAUGUUUGUUCAAUCAACCACAGCCUAUGACACCCCCUCAAGCAGUUUCCCCUCAGAGUGAAAAAUUGAUGACUCCGGUCGAUGUUUCUUCAACUGUGAAUUGCAGUCUAAACAAUACUCCACAAGGGAUUACUCCUACAAACUGUACUAUAAUUUCAACCGAGAGGGUCACGGUUAGUCCUUUAAAACAAGUGACAUGUUACACCAUUGAGAUGAACCAUUGCAUUUCUUCUUGUUCACCGGUUAAGACAUGCUCGAAGAGGGUUGGCAAGAGGGAUCAUGUAAAGAGCAGGCUCGACUUUGAUGGUACCGAAGUGAUGGAAAACGUGCACAAACCGAUGACAAACGAGACUUCAACAUCUGAAUCCGAAAUGGAUGCUGAUCUUUUCGACCUUGAUUUGCCUAAUUUAGAUGCUUUGGGAGCGAAUUUCUCUUUCUCUGAAUUGUUGGUUGACCUUGAUCUUGGAUGUGAUGGAACAAAUGGCUACCCUUGUGAACCAACAUUGGCCACUUCUGGAGAUGCUCUUUCAGGGUCAUCACAUGAAUCAGGGAAUGGUAAUAUGGGGGCUAAUCAAGUGAUGUCAGAGUUUUCAUCUACUUUCAGGGAAGUGUUUUCAGAGAAAGAUAUGAAUGUACAAUGCGGACCUGACACUGUGACUUCAAUGAAGUCUAUGACAAAAUGCAUAAAAAUAGUAAGCCCAGUAAAAGGUCGAAGGGGUUCGUUGGAGAAACAAGGUUGUCCUGGUACGAAAUGAGUGGUUUUUACCAUGAUGAUGACUACUUCGGCUGACAUGCACCAUCGCAACACUCUCUACAAGCAAUGCCUACCAAACACCAUUGUUUAAACAUGCCACUGAGUUAAGUUAUCUGUAAGAUCAGGUUAUGUUUGAGAUGACAAGUCAUUGAAAUCGACGUGCCCAUAUGACUUUUGUUUUGAAAGUUUGGGCAACAAUUAUGUGCUCUGCACACUUGAGAAAUAUUUAGGUAGAUUACUAAAUUUUGUAUAUGCAACGGAGAUGCUUAUGCGCUGGAUUCAGAUUGGAAUAAUACAAUAUAUCCAGAUGAAAUUUUAAGUAUAAA